UAAUUGUUGGAUGUCAUUUGACUUAGGAUGUUGAAAGCCAAAAUAAAGCAGCAGGUCUGGAGCCUCAGGCCUUGGAUGAGUUCACCAGUCUGCUGAUUGCGGAUGACACCCGUGUGGUGGUGGACCUGCUCAAGCUGUCGGUGUGCAGCCGGGCCGGGGACAGGGGCAGGGAUGUGCUGUCUGCGGUGCUUUCCGCUAUGGGGACUGCCUACCCGCAGGUGGCAGAUAUGCUGUUGGAGCUCUGCGUCACCGAGUUGGAGGAUGUGGCCACAGACUCGCAGAGCGGCCGCCUCUCUUCUCAGCCUGUGGUGGUGGAGAGCAGCCACCCUUACACCGAUGACACCUCCACCAGCGGCACCGUGAAGAUAGCAGGUGCAGAAGGACUCAGGGUGGAAUUUGACCAGCAGUGCUCCACGGAGAGGCGCCAUGACCCUCUCACAAUCAUGGACGGCGUCAACAGGAUCGUCUCCGUGCGGUCAGGCCGAGAGUGGUCCGACUGGUCCAGCCAGCUGCGCGUCCCGGGGGAUGAGUUAAAGUGGAAGUUCAUCAGCGAUGGGUCUGUGAAUGGCUGGGGCUGGCGCUUCACCAUCUAUCCCAUCAUGCCAGCUGCUGGCCCUAAGGAACUCCUGUCGGACCGCUGCAUCCUCUCCUGCCCAUCCAUGGACUUGGUGACGUGUCUGUUAGACUUCCGACUCAACCUUGCCUCCAACAGAAGCAUCGUCCCUCGCCUUGCGGCCUCGCUGGCGGCGUGUGCACAGCUGAGUGCCCUAGCCGCCAGUCACAGAAUGUGGGCCCUUCAGAGGUUGAGGAAGCUGCUUACAACUGAAUUUGGACAUAAUUAACAUAAAUAGGCUGCUUGGAGAAAAUGAUGGGGAAACAAGAGCUUUGAGUUUUGUAGGUAGUGCUCUUGCUGCUUUGGUGAAAGGUCUUCCAGAAGCUUUGCAGAGGCAGUUUGAAUAUGAAGAUCCAAUUGUGAGGGGUGGCAAACAGCUGCUCCACAGCACGUUCUUUAAGGUACUGGUAGCUCUUGCUUGUGACCUGGAGCUGGACACUCUCCCUUGCUGUGCCGAGACACAAGUGGGCGUGGUUCCGGAGGUACUGCAUGGCCUCCCGCGUUGCUGUGGCCCUUGACAAAAGAACACCGUUGCCCCGUCUGUUUCUUGAUGAGGUGGCUAAGAAAAUUCGUGAAUUAAUGGCAGACAGCGAAAACAUGGAUGUUCUGCAUGAGAGCCACGACGUCUUUAAAAGAGAGCAGGAUGAGCAGCUUGUGCAGUGGAUGAACAGGCGACCAGAUGACUGGACUCUCUCUGCUGGUGGCAGUGGAACAAUUUAUGGAUGGGGACAUAAUCAUAGGGGCCAGCUCGGGGGCAUUGAAGGUGCAAAAGUCAAAGUCCCCACUCCCUGUGAAGCCCUCGCAACUCUCAGACCCGUGCAGUUAAUCGGAGGGGAGCAGACCCUCUUUGCCGUGACGGCUGAUGGGAAGGUAAGGGCGCUUUUUCUGUGUCACAGGGUCAUUGAGCCUGAGACAGUUGUGGCUAAAGGUAUGUGUGGUUCUUAGCACAUGCAAGGAUCCGUACUCAGGACUGAUAGUACUGUGGUAUGCAGGAAGCAGCUAGAGUUCCAAGAUAUUUUUGUAUAA